ACUCCAGAAGUGAUCAAAACACAGUUCUCAUUAUAGAACCCUCUUCUUUGCCUUUUCCCCUCUCUUCGAUCUUCCUAACAAAUAUAUUGUGUGGAUCAUAUAUAUCUAUUUGCAUCCCACAUAGCUAGAAAGGUUAUCAAAUAAUAAUGGAUAAACUUUCAAAAUGCCAAGCAAAUUAUACUCCUCUCACUCCUUUGACUUUCUUGACCAGGUGUGCCAAAUGCUUUGCAAAUUGCACCUCGGUUAUCCAUGAAGGAACCCGUUUCACAUGGAAACAAACUUAUCAACGUUGCUGCCGUCUGGCCUUCUCUUUACGCACUCUCAAUAUUGCUACGAACGAUGUUGUGGCAGUGUUGGCCCCAAACAUUCCAGCAAUGUACGAGAUGCAUUUUGCUGUGCCUAUGGCAGGUGCAGUAAUCAACACCAUCAACACCCGUUUGGAUGCCAAUAGUAUAGCCACCAUUCUACAACACUCUGAAGCCAAAGUCUUGUUUGUGGACUACGAGUACAUCCCCAAGGCAAAGGAAGCCCUAGCAUUAUUGCUCAUGGGCCAAAAAACUCAACAUAUCACAACCUUAAAGCACCAUUCAUCUCCUCCACUACUCAUUAUCAUUGAUGACAUAAACUCACCCACAGCACUUGGUGAGUCAUUAGAAUAUGAGCAAUUAGUCCGUAAAGGUGACCCAAACUUUGUUCCUGAGAAAAUCCAUGAUGAGUGGGCCCCAAUUGCUCUAAACUACACAUCAGGAACAACCUCAGCACCCAAAGGAGUAGUCUAUAGUCACAGAGGUGCCUAUCUUAGCACUCUUAGCCUUAUACUAGGUUGGGAAAUGGGUAACCAACCCGUGUACCUUUGGACGCUGCCAAUGUUCCAUUGCAAUGGAUGGUGCUUCACAUGGGGUGUCGCUGCACGUGGAGGAACCAACGUUUGUCUCCGAAAAGUUGCAGCCUAUGACAUGUACAAGAACUUGUCCUUGCACCACGUGACACACAUGUGUUGUGCCCCUAUUGUCUUCAACAUCAUUCUAGAGGCCAAGGCAAGUGAGAGAGUUGAAAUGAAGUCACGAGUGGAAAUACUCACAGGUGGAGCACCGCCGCCACCAUCGUUGAUCGUGAAAAUCGAGUCUCUAGGGUUUCAUGUUACGCAUGCAUAUGGGUUGACAGAAGCAACAGGACCAGCGUUGGUGUGUGAGUGGCAAAAUCAGUGGAACCAGCUCCCAAAAGAUGAACAAGCUAGGUUGAAAGCUCGUCAAGGAAUUAGCGUAUUGACUCUAGAAGAUGUAGAUGUGAAGAAAGUGGACACAAUGGAAAGUGUGCCAAGAGAUGGGAAAACAAUGGGAGAGGUUGUGUUGAGGGGAAGUAGCAUAAUGAAGGGGUAUCUCAAAGACCCUGAGUCAACCUCAAAAGCCUUUAGUGAAGGGUGGUUUCACACUGGGGAUGCUGGUGUUAUACACAAAGAUGGUUAUUUGGAGAUAAAGGAUCGGUUCAAAGAUGUGAUUAUUUCGGGAGGGGAAAACAUAAGUAGUGUGGAGUUGGAGUCUGUGCUUUAUAGGCACCCUAGGGUUUUGGAAGCUGCAGUGGUUGCAAUGCCACACCCGAGAUGGGGGGAGAGUCCAUGUGCCUUUGUUGUGUUGAAGAACUUUGAAGGUAAAAUGAACGAUCAUGUUACUGAGGAUGACAUUAUUGGGUAUUGUAGGAAGAACAUGCCACCCUUUAUGGUUCCUAAGGUGGUGAAGAUUGUUGAGGAAAUGCCAAAGACCGCAACUGGUAAGAUUCAAAAGUCUAAAUUGAGGGAGAAGGAGGCCAAGAAUUUCACAAUAUCUCAGAAUCUGCAGUCCAAGAAUAAUAAAACUAAUGCUUUGGCUACAUCUCGUCUUUGAAGGGAUUUAAAGUUAGGCUAAAUUUGAAUUUUAUUAUUUUAUAUUUAUUUUCUUGUUUUAGUUUGAUCAUCUGAUUUAUUUAUUUUUUAAUA